AUGCGAGGCGAGGUCUGCCAUCUUCAUAUUGGCCAGGCUGGUAUCCAGCUAGGCAAUGCCGCAUGGGAGCUUUACCUCCUCGAGCAUGGCCUCAAGGCCGACGGCCAUCGUGAUGCCAGCAUCACCGACGAAAUCGGCACCAGCGGUUCCUACGAGUCCUUCUUCACAGAGACUAGGGGAGGCAAAUAUGUGCCCCGCUCCAUCUUCGUCGACCUCGAACCUUCCCCCAUUGACGAGAUCCGCACUGGCUCAUACCGCGAGCUCUUCCACCCCGACCAGAUGAUCAGCGGCAAGGAGGAUGCCGCCAACAACUAUGCUCGGGGCCACUACACUGUUGGAAAGGAGCUCUUCGAGCAGGUGAAUGACUGUGUCCAUCGCGUGACUGAGAACUGCGAGUCCCUCCAGGGCUUUUUGAUCUUCCACUCCUUUGGUGGCGGUACCGGCUCGGGGUUCGGUGCUCUGCUGCUAGAGAGUCUCUCCCAUCAGUUUCCCAAGAAGGCCAAGCUGGAAUUCUCCGUGUACCCGUCGCCCCGCGUCUCGACUGCCGUCGUGGAGCCCUACAACGCCGUGCUUGCUACCCACCACACCAUCGAGCACUGUGACUGUACAUUCCUCGUCGACAACGAGGCCGUGUACAAUAUCUGCCGCCGUAAUCUAGACAUCCCCCGCCCAGGCUUUGAGCACUUAAACCGCCUUGUGGCCCAGGUGGUGAGCUCUAUCACCUCCAGUCUGCGCUUUGACGGGGCUCUCAAUGUGGACCUGGCUGAAUUCCAGACCAAUCUGGUGCCCUUUCCACGUAUUCACUACCCUCUGAUCUCGUAUGCCCCGGUCAUCUCAACCAAUCGCAGCUCCCAUGAGAGCCACAGAGUACAGGACCUCACAUUCCAGUGCUUUGAUCCCAACAACCAAAUGGUGGUCUGUGACCCUACUAAGGGCCAGUACAUGGCUGUCGCUAUGCUGUACCGCGGCGACGUUGUUCCCCGCGACUGCACCCAGGCCGCCGCCGCACUUAAGGCCAAGUCUACCUUCCACCUUGUCGAUUGGUCCCCCACCGGCUUCAAGCUGGGAAUUAAUUACCACAAGCCGAUGCGUGUUCCCGAUAGCGAGCUGGCUCCCGUCGACCGUUCCGUCAGCAUGCUCUCGAACACCACGGCCAUCGCCGAAGCCUGGAGCCGCCUGGACCACAAGUUCGAUCUCAUGUAUUCCAAGCGCGCGUUUGUGCACUGGUAUGUUGGUGAAGGUAUGGAGGAAGGUGAGUUCUCCGAGGCUCGUGAGAAUCUCGCGGCCCUGGAGAAAGACUACGAGGAAAUCGUAGCCGACUCGAGCGAGCCCGAAAAUGAGCCCGAGCAGGAAUACUAA